AUAUUCAUGCUGCGAGUUCUAUCAACAAGUUUAUCUAACGGUCACAAACACAUCGUCGUCCUACACCUCUGCCUCGAAAAUGAUGAGCGGCGUCGCCGGUGGCUUACGUUUCCGUUGCUUCCAUCCCGUCCACCACCUUCGCCGCCGUCAACUCCGCGGCGUCUCCGCCGCCGCCAAAAACAAGGAGAAACCGAAAGUGAUAGUCAUCUCCGGUCCCACCGGCGCCGGGAAAAGUAGACUCGCACUUGAACUCGCUAAGCGACUCAACGGCGAAAUCGUUAGCGCCGACUCAGUGCAGGUUUACAGAGGCCUUGAUGUUGGUUCUGCCAAGCCUUCGUUGUCCGAUAGAGAGGAAGUCAAACACCAUUUGAUUGACAUUAUGGACCCGUCUGAAGAUUACUCUGUCGGGCAAUUUUAUGAGGAAGCAAGGAAUGCUACCAAAGAGAUACUUGAAAGUGGAAGGGUCCCAAUAGUCACUGGUGGAACCGGAUUGUACUUAAGAUGGUAUGUAUAUGGAAAACCAGAUGUCCCUAAAUCUUCUCCCGAGACUGUGGCUGAAGUACAAGCUGAAAUAUCAGAUUUAGAAAGAGUUGGUGACUGGGAUGCUGCUGUGCAGUUGGUUGUUCAAGCAGGUGAUUCAAGUGCUCAAUCUUUACCUGCCAAUGAUUGGUAUCGUAUACGUCGCAAGCUUGAGAUCAUCAAGUCUAGUGGAUCGCCUCCUUCAGCUUUUCAUGUGCCCUAUGAUUCAUUCAGGGAACAACCUAAUUCACCCAAUGUAGAUGAUUUCCGCAGCAGCGCCUCUUUAAAAAAUGAAUCCCUGGGUAGUAGAUCCCCAGAGGAUUUGGAUUACGACUUCUCUUGCUUUUUCUUGUCAAGCCCAAGAAUGGACCUCUACAGAUCAAUUGACUUUCGGUGUGAAGAUAUGGUUUCAGGAAGUGACGGGAUAUUGUCGGAGGCAAAGCGGCUUCUUGAUCUUGGUCUUCAGCCAAAUUCUAAUUCUGCAACUCGAGCAAUUGGUUACAGAAAUGCAAUGGAAUAUCUUUUGCAUUGUAAAGAACAAGGUGGGAGUUCGACAAGAGACUUUUAUGCUUUCUUAUCUGGAUUCCAGAAAGCAUCCAGGAAUUUUGCCAAGCGACAGUUGACAUGGUUCCGUAAUGAGCCUAUAUAUAACUGGAUCAAUGCUUCCAGACCUUUGGAAGAUGUGCUUGGGUUCAUCCAUGAUUCAUACCAUGUUCGAACUGGAACUAUUGAAGUACCUAAAGCACUUCAGAUGAAGAAAGAUUUGUCAGAGCGUAGAGAAAUAUUACAAAUGAAGGGUUAUCGUACGAAUAAUAGGCAUUUUGUGGGGCGUGAAAAUUGCGCCGAUAUUCUAGAAUGGAUAAGGGAAAGUCAGGGACAAUUAAAUUUAUCUGUUAACUAGUGUUCAUCUAAUAUGAUUGUUGUAUAUUUGGCAAUAGGUGAUCCCUGAGGUUUUACUGCUAGUUUUUUCUCCUAAUCUUCCUUUAUGCUUCUCUGAGUGAGAACAAUUUUUGUAAUAUCUAGCAUAGAAUAUCCAGGUGAAAUAUACAGCUUCAUUGUUUGGAUCUCAACUAGUGACUAUCUGUGCAGCUGUGCCCACACGACAGCAACUCAAAUGAAAUAUUUAUGAAGUUAAAAGAAUGGGCUUGUAUAUAU